CACAACCUGCUGCCCGGGCUACCCAGACCCAAAUCAGAUUCGGACUCUGCCGCAGCACAGGAGCAUGGCCGUAGCCGGACGCGCCCGCGCCUCCGCCGUCCUCCGCGCCCUCGCAGCGCCGGGGCCGCUGCCGCCCGCGCGGGCCAUCCACGAGGGGCCCGACACCAUCGAGGAGCUCCUGGACCGCCACCUCGUCAAGAAGCCCGCGGCGGUCCUCGACGACGACGCGGCGGAGGCCGAGGCCCGGCGGCGGCUGACGAGCUCCCGGCGGGAGGCGCUGGGCCUGUACCGGGACAUCCUCCGGGCGACGCGGCUCUUCGCGUGGCCCGACGACCGCGGGGUGCCGUGGCGGGAGGUGCUGCGCGCCAACGCCAGGCGCGAGUUCGAGGAGGCCCGCGGGGAGCGCGACCCGGAGGUGGUGGCGCGCCUCCUCAUCGGCGGCCGCGACGCCGUGCAGCAGGCGCUCGACCGCCUCGCCGAGGCCUCCCGCCGCGCAAUCGAGGCCGAGGAGGCCAAGCGCCGCGGCGGAGCUUAGAUUCAGAACGGGAUAUCCCAAAUCCAAGCGUCCUGUACUUUUUAUUCGUUUAAACUUCUGUAAACGACUACUGUAUGUUUGAAAGGAAAUGGUUCAGAGGAUUGAUAAAUCUGAAGCAGCAACUAUCAACUGUUUGAUUUUCUCUUGGCAAGAAUUUCUGAGAGUUGAAAACAGCUUUUCUAGCAUUUGAUCAGUGUAUGAUGUAUGGUACAAUUGAGUUACCUGUAAUUCA